GAAAAGUAAUAAGGAAACGAGACGUCGGAAAGAGAAACUAAUACAUUCGAAAGCUGCAGUCAAAUCAUCUGUUUCCAUUUGGAUUAAUUUCGUUCUUGUCCAAUCAAAAAUGAAGCGUCACAAUGCAAAGGCGAUUGCGGCAGCUGUUGCCAUUGCUGCGGCAGCUGCGGCCUCCGCCGAGGGUAAAAAGAAGACAGAGACCAAACUGAAUCUGAACUCCUCGGCGCUCUACGUGGAUGUGGUUAAGAAUAUGUCCAGGCCCGACUGUUCGCCACCAGCGACGCCGCCGCCGCCAAAGUUUACCAUCUUGCGGGAGGACUUCCCAGCUCUGCCGGGCACUCACGACGAUUUGCGUGGCAGCAACUGUGCAGCCGUGCCGGAUGACUGGACAGCCAUGAUCAGUGACGACGAUGACGAGGAGGUGUUGCAGCCACCGUCGCCGGACAGCGUUAGCGAGCGUGCCCUGUCCGUGCUGGACGCGGAGCCGGUGCCGGAUUUGCUCGUCGAGCUGCACAGCAGCGGCAGCAGCAACGGCUGUAAAAACAAUUCCUAUUCCAGCGAGCACGAAACCCUCGAGCAUGAGCUGCCAGCGGUGGCACUUGUGGCCGCCACCACCGAAUUCAAUAAUAGCCCCGUCGAGCUGUUCUCGCCGGACAGCGAUUUGUAUCCGAACUACUUCGAGGGUGUCAGCAGCGGCAUCUUCGACAAACAGUUCCUGGCCGCUGGCGUGAGUCAACGCGCCUGGACGCGCCAGAAGAGAUGCGAAACAGUGCCCAACAUUGGGCCGCCGCCUGGAUUUGAGAAUACCAAAUUCUAUGGGCGGUUGCGCACCAAUCGCAUGGGCGUGCCGCUGGGCGGCGUGACCUUUGACAUAACACCGCCGCAGCCGAAUUACAGACGCUUUGAGCGUUCCAGCAAGAGCAGCAUGGAAAGUGCUUAUGGCCUCGCCGGAUUGGCGAGCAAUUUGGAGGCGGCACAGCAGCAUCCGCAGCUACUGUCACAUAUCUUUGGCCAUGAGGCAGCGGGUCUGAAUGUGGAUGCGCAUUGCUGUGCCUGCGAGGCAAACAAAUUGCACGCCUGUUUCGCCGGGCCGCUGCAGGGCGGACGCUGCGCUCCGCAUGAGGUGAACUUUGAUGUGCCGUUGUACUAUAGACCCGCUGGCGGGCGUGAGCUGCCACAGCCGAAGAUCGAUCAGAUGGAAGUGGAGCUGUUGUUCUUCUUUUUCUAUACAUAUCCGGGCGACAUGAUGCAAAUGCUGGCUGCCGCCGAGCUGGCCGAACGCGGCUGGCGCUUUCACAUAUACGAACGCCUCUGGAUUCGGCGCCAGGCCGACAAUCCGCACUACAUCAUCUGCGACUAUCAGGAGUCCGGCGAAUACAACUACUUCAACAUGGUGCACUGGAAGAUAUUGGCGCGUCACUUCGAUCUGGUGCCCGAGCAGCUGGAGCGCACCAUUACCAAGGUCGAGCUGCGCGACCAAUACGGCUAUCAUCCGCAGAUGAGCUUCUUCUGAGCCAGGCGACACUUCAGGUUUUUAUCCUUGGCGCGGCGAUUCAUGCAUUCUAGUCGAGCAUCGGCACUAUGGCGAACCAAUUGUUACCAUGCUCAAAACACUAUAUACUAUAUAUAUAAU